UCUCCCUCCGUCCCGACUAUAAAUCCCCACCCCCUCCCGUAUCCUCUGCACGCAUCCAAUCCCCAUCCAGUCGUCCCCCAGAAAAAUCUACGAGCGAUCGAAGCGAAGGCGCCCUCCUCCUCCUCCUCAAGAUGCAGAUCUUUGUGAAGACCCUCACAGGCAAGACCAUCACACUUGAGGUCGAGUCCUCUGAUACCAUCGACAAUGUGAAGGCGAAGAUCCAGGACAAGGAGGGCAUCCCUCCGGACCAGCAGCGCCUCAUCUUCGCUGGCAAGCAGCUUGAGGAUGGCCGCACACUUGCUGACUACAACAUCCAGAAGGAGUCCACCCUCCACCUUGUGCUCCGCCUCCGUGGUGGCAUGCAGAUCUUCGUCAAGACCCUCACUGGCAAGACCAUCACCUUGGAGGUCGAGUCGUCUGACACGAUCGACAAUGUGAAGGCGAAGAUCCAGGACAAGGAGGGCAUCCCUCCGGACCAGCAGCGCCUCAUCUUCGCUGGCAAGCAGCUCGAGGACGGCCGCACCCUUGCGGACUACAACAUCCAGAAGGAGUCCACCCUCCACCUGGUGCUCCGCCUCCGUGGUGGCAUGCAGAUCUUCGUCAAGACCCUCACUGGCAAGACCAUCACCCUGGAGGUCGAGUCGUCUGACACGAUCGACAAUGUGAAGGCGAAGAUCCAGGACAAGGAGGGCAUCCCUCCGGACCAGCAGCGCCUCAUCUUCGCUGGCAAGCAGCUCGAGGACGGCCGCACCCUUGCGGACUACAACAUCCAGAAGGAGUCCACCCUCCACCUGGUGCUCCGCCUCCGUGGUGGCAUGCAGAUCUUCGUCAAGACCCUCACUGGCAAGACCAUCACCCUGGAGGUCGAGUCGUCUGACACGAUCGACAACGUCAAGGCGAAGAUCCAGGACAAGGAGGGCAUCCCUCCGGACCAGCAGCGCCUCAUCUUCGCUGGCAAGCAGCUCGAGGACGGCCGCACCCUUGCGGACUACAACAUCCAGAAGGAGUCCACCCUCCACCUGGUGCUUCGUCUCCGUGGAGGCAUGCAGAUCUUUGUCAAGACCCUCACCGGCAAGACCAUUACGCUUGAGGUUGAGUCUUCAGACACAAUUGACAACGUGAAGGCGAAGAUCCAGGACAAGGAGGGCAUCCCCCCGGACCAGCAGCGCCUCAUUUUCGCCGGCAAGCAGCUUGAGGAUGGCCGCACUCUGGCAGACUACAACAUCCAGAAGGAGUCCACCCUUCACUUGGUGCUCCGUCUCCGUGGUGGCCAGUAAUUGCCUGGCCAUUGAGUUGCUUCUGUGUCUGGGUUCACAACUUCACAAGUCUGGUGGCCUUCUGUGUCCUGCAGUUGAUGUUGGUGUGUCCUGUGUCUGGUGUUUUCUUUGUUGCUACGGUGAUGUUGUCUAGUCUUGUGUUUGUCUGUGUCUACAAACUUGUGCCGUGCGCUCGUCCAGCAGAUUGAAUGAAUGAAUAAGUGAGCCCUCAAUUUGCGCAA